CUUUUCCAGAGAUUAAUUUCCCAGUUGGAUAAAUUUGGACAAUCAGAAACAUCAAAUUAAACAUCACACCCAUAUAAAGUUCUGUGAUGCUCUCCUCUCAGGGUUGCUCCCAAUGCCUGGCUCUUGUUGGAUGGGAGAGAGCGACACGCCACAGGCAGGAUGACAAACCAGCCGACAGCCAACCAGUCCAACACUAAAAAGGAGAAAGAGGAAACCGCUCGAGAUGACAAUACGGAGCUGGCAUAUAAAGAUGCCGGCCACUGCAGCCGUAAUACCCACAACCUGCUCCUGGGACUCACUGUUCUAGGUGUUGUCAUGGGAGUGCUGUUCGGGAUGCUGCUGCGCUACAUGAUGGUUAAAGACACAUCCGCCCUCACCAUGGUUUCCUUUCCUGGAGAAAUCCUCAUGAGGAUGCUGAAGAUGCUCAUCCUGCCUCUAAUUAUCUCCAGCCUUAUCACAGGUCUCGCUGGUCUGGAUGCGCGCUCCAGUGGAAGGAUGGGAAGCAGAGCCAUGGUGUACUACAUGUCCACCACUGUAAUCGCCGCCAUCCUGGGGGUGAUCCUGGUUCUGACGAUCCACCCGGGGAACCCCAAACUGAGGGGCAGUACUCUAUCCACAGCCACCAAAAACCAGGAGGUCAGCAGCCUGGACGCCUUCCUUGACCUGAUCAGAAACCUCUUUCCUGAGAACCUGGUGCAGGCCUGCUUCCAACAGGUGCAGACGGUGUUGAAACAGGUGGCGGUGGCAGCACCAAACCAAACUGAGCCCUUGGUAGUGAACAGGAAAAAACUGGAAUAUAAAUGGGGCAUGAAUGUUCUCGGCUUGAUUGGUUUCUUCAUCACCUUCGGGAUCUGUAUGGGCAGGAUGGGCGAGCGUGGGAGGAUCAUGUGCGACUUCUUCAACAUCCUCAAUGAAAUCAUCAUGACGAUGGUUUCCAUGAUCAUGUGGUACUCUCCUGUGGGCAUCGCCUCGCUGAUUGCGGGUAAAAUCGCGGCCAUCGGGGACCUGGAGAUUGUUGCCAGGCAACUGGGCAUGUACAUGGUGACGGUGAUCGUCGGCCUCAUGAUCCACGGCGGCUUGAUCCUGCCCGCCAUCUUCUUUGCCAUCACCAGAAAAAGCCCGUUUACCUUCUACUCGGGCAUUUUCCAGGCCUGGAUCACAGCGUUGGGAACAGCCAGCAGUGCAGGGACGCUGCCGGUCACCUUCCGCUGUCUGGAAGAGAACCUGAAGAUUGAUAAACGUGUGACUCGCUUCGUGCUGCCCAUAGGCGCCACCAUCAACAUGGACGGCACGGCCCUGUACGAGGCUGUGGCGGCCAUCUUUAUUGCCCAGAUGAACGACAUCUCCCUGGAUGGUGGACAGAUUGUUACUGUCAGCAUGACGGCCACCCUGGCCAGCGUUGGAGCUGCCAGUAUCCCCAGCGCCGGGCUGGUGACCAUGCUGCUGAUCCUGACCGCUGUCGGCCUGCCCACCCAAGACAUCAGUUUGCUGAUCGCUGUCGACUGGCUGCUUGACAGAAUGCGUACCUCCAUCAAUGUGGUGGGCGAUUCCUUUGGUGCCGGCAUCGUGGACCACUUGUCCAAGGCAGAACUCGCAGAACUGGAUGCAGCAGAAAUGCUGCCGCCGGAGGAGGAGCUGGAUUUCAUCCCUCCGCCGCCGAUCCUCGCAGAAAUGGACGUGGUCGACCCCCUGAAGCCUCCGCAGCUGCCGCCUCGAUCGCCUCGCCCACCUAAACUAAACCAUCACAGCCACGUUCUCUCCCAGUCCCCAUCCGCCACUUACUCACCUUCAUGUUCCAUCCGAUCCCCAUCGCCACACUCCGUUCGUUCUCCCUCCCCCCGAUCCGUCUGCUCCCAUUCCCCUCGGCCUUUCCGUACUCAUUCCCCGCGCCUCCUCCGCAGGACGGAGCCGGGCUACUCCGCCCUGCCUAGCCACGACAAUCAGAUUUCCACGUUACCACGCGCCUACAGGGAGCGGGACAGGGGCCGCGACAGGAUCCGGGAACGGGACCGGGACCGGGACCGGGAGCGGGACCGGGACCGGGACCGGGAGCGGGACCGGGACAGGGAGCGGGAGCGACUGAGACCGGAAAGCGAAACAGAGGAGGAGGAAGACAGAGAGCGAGUUCUGGGCGAAGUGAGCGACGGAGAGGAGAGUGACGACACGGCUUACGAUCGGCGGUGCGCCAUCUCACCGUGCGACUUACCGUGACGCCACUUUAUGCUGUUCAUCUCGGUUUAUGACACAGUUUUACAAUUUAGGCUUUAUGAUUCAGAAAAAUCCAUCAGAGUGGGCGAAUAUUAACGCAUAAUUUAAAAUGUGUCUAUCCUAAAUAUUGCAAUGAUGGGGGGGCGGGACUUCCUAAAAUGUGCCAGAGAGAAAAUAGUCUCUGCUGUUAAUUAUAGGGUUAUUUUCCUUUUUAACGUCUAAACAUAACGGGGGGGGGGGGCUCUUAGACCCGUGCUCCAUCACGCCUGAAUCAAACGGCUAAAGUGUGUCUGCAGUUCUGCUCAUGACUUCAUUAUUCCAUCCAGGUGUCCUAAAACCAAUAAACGGCUAAAAGCUUUGGGACUUUGGUCCUUAAAGAUUUCACACCUGUGACCCAGAAGAAUAAUUUCACAUUUUGACGUUUCACCUUCCAGAUGCGAUAAUAUCUAUUCCAGUUCUAACUUUACGGCCUGGUUCUGUUCAAAGGAAACAACGUCAACGGCAUCACGGUACCAAGGCCAAACAAUAACAGUCAUCAAACAACAUCUUGAAUUUAUCCAAUUAAUUGUUUGUUUGCUAAGAUUGCCUUUAGUUUUAUAAAAUGUCGCAUCGCAUCGCCUCUCAGGUAAAGUGCCGUCUGCACCUUACCUGAGAGGCGGUGCUGUGUUACUAGGUGUUACAAUCCUCCAAUCAUUCAUUGUGGACAUUGUGGUUGCUCAGUUAUUACUCAGCAUCCUGAUUUCAGGUCAAUCAAUAAAAUAAUUUUGAUAGUUUUUAAAAAGCAAAUCUUAAUUGUCAUGCACUGUUCUUUCCAUAUUGUAGGUCUGUGAUUACCGGUGGUUACCAGCACAAAGACAAGCUAAUUAUUUAUACCAGUAAUCAACACGCAGAUUUAAAGCUAUAAAAUACUUUUUGUCAGACACAAAAAAUGUCCAUAAUAUACAAAAACUAUGACAACAAGACACAAUAAAAGUAUGGAUGUUCAUCUGUAGCCACAUAAACUAAGGCAUCUGUUAUUCCCUAUAGAUUUAGCAUUAAAUACUUUGAAUACACAACAACAAAAAUAAAACACCUGCAGGAUGUUUGUUAAUGUUUUUACCUUCAGACAGGACCAGACUAACUUCAGGAUCACCAUGAAGUCUGAAGAAAUAUGGAGUUUUAUGAUGUUUUUCUGAUAAAAGUAUAGAAAUAUGUUUUUUUUCAGACUUUAUUUCUUCUCAUUGUCUAAAAGUUCUUUCCAUCAAUCCCUUCUUAUUUGCAUAACUCUUCAUUUUUCCCUCUUCACGUCGUUCUUUUAUUUUUGCAGUUUGCUUCCUUCCUUCCUUCCUUCCUUCCUUCCUUCCUUCCUUCCUUCCUUCCUUCCUUCCUUCCUUCCUUCCUUCCUUCCUUCAGUUAUUUAUGUUUUAAAUGAUUUGAACUCUGAAAAUCUGGGAAGCAUGCAAUCUUUACAUGCCUUUUGUUUUUAGCUGAUGUUUAAUGUUAUUUAUUACAUUAAUUAAAACACUCAUUAUAAAUAUGUAUCAGACAGUUUAUUUAAAUUCAUGAGAACAAUACCAGUUUGUUAUAAAUGUAAAUUUAAAAGCAUGACACAGCUUGUAUCCAGCAGACGGUAUUUUUUUUACACUUCUUUACCUUCUGGAAACUCUCCUGGGACGCCCUCUUCUUCGUCCACAUUGUGUGAGGUUUAUUUAUAUAUAUUUUUAUUUUAUUUGUGUGGUAUGGUGUGUGAAAUGAUGAAUAAUAGGCAAGGUGCUGUUUUAUUGUUGUAGUGUGUUUAAAUUUAUCAGUAUUUUGCUCUGCUUUUGUCACUUUAACUUCUAAUUUCUGUAAAAUGGCCUAGCUUAUCUCCACUGUUUGCUGGAUUUCCUUCCAUUUUUUGACCGCUAUCCUAAAUCCCAGAGUCCUAAAUCAGAUUCACUUGCCAGGUUCAGUGUAUCCUGUAAUAAAAACCGUGUAGAUUUAUUUAAAGUAA